AUGAAUCCAAACUUUCCUCAGAAUCUCGACAUAAAACCCUCAACAUCCUCAGAAAAUGUUGCAGGGGACCGCUUUGGAAUAGACGCACAGCAAGACGCGAUACAGACUUAUGGUAUCGCUGGUAGAGUCUGGGAGGCCGCCUAUGCGAUGAAUACCUAUUUGAAUCCCACUUCUUCUUGGGUAUUUGAUCCCCCUCCCCUGACCAAGAACAAAUCAACACCCCUCGCGAUUGUUGAACUGGGCUCAGGAACCGGAAUUGUCGCGUCUGUUAUCGCCACUGCCCUUCAGCCCGGUGACCUGCUAAUCGCGACCGAUCUUCCGGAUGUCUGUCCUCUCCUCGAGCACAACUUGCGCGAUCCCAUAGAUCAAGGCAAUGUCGUAGUCGAACCCCUCGCAUGGGGCAAUUCACACCAUGCUGAAUCCCUACGAAAGCUGAUUCUUAACAAACGGCCAUCUCCAGGUCUGAACCACAUAAUAUGUAGUGACCUGGUUUACUUUCCAGAGCUCCUGGCCCCUCUCCUGCGAUCCCUCAUCCACCUCACUUCACCCGAGUUUCAUUCCCAUGCUCAAAGCCCUACAGUUACCAUCUCCUACAUGUUACGAAGCCUUACGAAAGAGACCCCUUUCUGGUCAGCCUUUGGUCUCUGGUUCACCUUUGUUCCCGUAUUCGUCAAGGAAAGGGAUGAUAGCGAAUGGCAACCCAUUGGAUCUAUUCUCGGCGAAGACCCAACCUAUAUCUUCCACGCCAAAAGGCGACCUGAAUCCUACACAUGGGUCAUACCCGACUCUGACCAGGAUCUACUUGCUGGAGUGGGGGCCGGCGGCUCACCAUCCAGGAAGUGGGACACCACCUUCGAAUCCCUCCUCUUCCUCUCCAUGAAUACUAGUUGA